GUUAGGUCCGCGAUAGCAACGAAAGUCGACAACUCAGACAACUCAAAAUGAGCCGCUAUGACCAAUAGCCUGUAAACUGAUCCUACUCUCAUAGAUCGACAGACAAAUUUACAAUUAGCAAAUUCAAGUCCGCCACACACGGUCAUGUCCAAACACGUCAAACCUCUCAUCCCAAACGGCCUGAUAACCAUUCUGUCAGGCUUCAGUCGAGCAUACCUAAGGAAGAGGCCAACUGACCUAGGACUAUUUGCCAUGUACUAUUGUAUGGAACUGCGGAAAUACAGAGAUGAAAUACAGACCUGUUCACCAAACAAGCUGGUGAAAGAAUUUCAUAAACAUAGAGGUAAAGUCCAGAGAUGAUGCACCCUGUAUUUCUACAGUCGUUGUUGCAAACAAAACACGUAUUUUUGCAGUCACAUUCCCAAACAUUUCUCUCCCCCCCCAGCCAAGAGACUCUGUGACAAUGCCUAUGAAGAGGAACUGUUGAAGUAUGGAUACAAAGUGACCUCCAAGGAGGAUGUGACUUUUAAUGCCCUGGAGAUCACCUCUCAGGACCUGCAAAUACUAGGCAGUAGUGAGAGACAGAUCAACAGACGGUACUCAACCACCACUAGCCCAUGUGGAGAACAAGUGAACAAUAUUACAGCUCCAUCCGCCAUGGACCAGCAGGUGAACCAAACCCUGGGGGCUGCAGCCAUGGAGCUAGGGGCACUGGUUGGCAACAUUGUCCCCACAACAUCAUCAAGCCCUUUUCAACCAACCAACAAUAACGCCAAUACCCAACAUGUGGCACAGUCAUCAUCCCAGGCAGUAGCAGGUCUGGGAUCCACUGAGAACAAGACUGGUGAAGUUGCUUCACAAGUUAAACCUGGCUCAGCAGAGAUAUUGGCCAGCAGCAGGUGCGAGGACAGUAUUUCUGGACAGGCCUGUAUUCCCCAGCAUUACACACCCACCAGCCAGGAGGGGGGGUAUGCCUGUGCCAUGCCCACAGAGAUACCCUGCUACUCCAGAUUUCCCCAGAAUUACCCGACAUACCCUCCACCACCACCCUACCUCUCAGGCUUUCAUCCUUAUUAUUUGGACCUCAUGUCUGGCCAAUAUGUCCAGCCGUCCUGCAAAUGCCAGCGAUAUGGCAGAGUGGUAUAUCGUCCCCCUGGUCAGCCAGUGCUGCCCCAGUGCCACCAUGCCGCACCACUGCCAGUGCCGCAGUGCACUCACCAGCACCUCAGCCCUUCUGCAAGCUGCAUUCAAGUGGCUCCAACCAUGGGGCCCUCCUGCCCCAAUGGAGUGCAGAGCCCUUUCUCACGGUUCAUCCCUGUGCCUGUCCUCUCCAACCACUUUGGCUCCCUUUACUACAGGCCCAAGCAGAGACCCAGGAUGGUUACAGGUGUGCCUGGCUGCAGGAGCGAGUGCCUACCCACAUCCAGACGUCUCAACUGCACUUCCUGCAACAUGAGUGACAGCUCUAGCUAUGGGCCAGAGCCCGCCACCCAGGCCUCCUAUCAUGGUGGACAUCGAGGACAGUGUGGGGGUGACGUCAUCCAUGGACCAGUCCCUGCCGGUGCACUAAGGUCCCUGUAUGCCCCUGUGCCGUGCCCCAUUGGACUGCAGAGAAGGGAUGCCCCGGCUCAGCGACCAUGCAGCGCCCCGACUAGGAGGGUUGUUCCAUUGACCACGCAGAACCAGAAUAGCCCGUUCCCAUCCUCAUAA